CUCCUCAGGUGAGGCUGCCUGGCCUAGCAGGGCCCCACGCUGCUGCCACCAGCCGCUGCCUUCCGGGCCGCCUGCUCUCGCAGGCCACCAUGCUCCUGCCCAGGCCUGGGGACGGACCCUAAACCAGCACCAUCUCGCGGCUCCGCCCCCUCCUGCCGGACCCUGGGGUCCCUCCCAGGCCGGGGAGGUCAGCCGGGGAAUCAUUAACAAGAGGCUGUGACAUGGCGGAGAAGGAGGGUGGCCAGGCCGUGCCAUGCUGUACCGGACCCAGGGUGGCAGCGCUCACUGUGGGGACCCUGCUGCUCCUGACAGGCAUCGCGGCGGCCUCCUGGGCCAUCGUGACCAUGCUGCUCAGGAGUAACCAGGAGCCGCUGUACCCAGUGCAGGUCAGCCCAGUGGACGGCCGGCUCGCCGUGCUGGACAAGACGGAAGGGACGUGGCGCCUGCUCUGUUCCUCGCGCUCCAACGCUAGGGUGGCUGGGCUCAGCUGUGAGGAGAUGGGCUUCCUCAGGGCGCUGGCCCACUCGGAGCUGGACGUGCGGACGGCGGGCGCCAACGGCACGUCGGGUUUCUUCUGCGUGGACGAGGGGCGGCUGCCGCACGCCUGGAGGCUGCUGGACGUCCUAUCUGUGUGUGACUGUCCCCGGGGCAGGUUCUUGACCACCGUCUGCCAAGACUGCGGCCGCAGGAAGCUGCCCGUGGACCGCAUCGUGGGAGGCCAGGACACCAGCCUGGGCAGGUGGCCCUGGCAAGUGAGCCUGCGCUAUGACGGGGCGCACCUCUGCGGGGGGUCCCUGCUCUCCGGGGACUGGGUGCUGACAGCCGCCCACUGCUUCCCGGAGAGGAACCGGGUCCUGUCCCGAUGGCGAGUGUUUGCAGGAGCCGUGGCCCAGGCCUCGCCCCAUGGCCUGCAGCUGGGGGUGCAGGCCGUGGUCUACCACGGGGGCUACCUUCCCUUCCGAGACCCCAACAGCGAGGAGAACAGCAAUGACAUCGCACUGGUCCACCUCUCCAGCCCCCUGCCUCUCACAGAGUACAUCCAGCCCGUGUGCCUGCCUGCCGCGGGCCAGGCCCUGGUGGAUGGCAAGCUGUGCACGGUGACCGGCUGGGGCAACACGCAGUACUACGGCCAGCAGGCUGGGGUGCUCCAGGAGGCCCGAGUCCCCAUCAUCAGCAGUGAGGUGUGCAAUGGCCCCGACUUCUACGGGAACCAGAUCAAGCCCAAGAUGUUCUGUGCUGGCUACCCCGAGGGGGGCAUUGACGCCUGCCAGGGUGACAGCGGCGGCCCCUUCGUGUGUGAGGACAGCAUCUCUCGGACGCCACGUUGGCGGCUGUGUGGCAUCGUGAGCUGGGGCACCGGCUGUGCCCUGGCCCAGAAGCCCGGCGUCUACACCAAAGUCAGUGACUUCCGGGAGUGGAUCUUCCAGGCCAUGAGGACUCACUCCGAAGCCAGCGGCAUGGUGACCCAGCUCUGACCUGUGGCAUCUCCUCGCUGUGCACGCGUCCAGGGCCUGAGUUGAUGGAGGGGUCCCUGCCCGCCGUGGGGGGGCCCAGGCUGGGCCCAGGCCACAGCCCCAGGAUCCCCGCCCCCUUCAGGGUCCUCUCUUCCACAGUGGCGGGCCCACUCAGCCCUGAGACCCCCCGGCCUCAGCCUUCCGACCCCUGUGUAAAUAUUGUUCUGCCGACUGGGGACACCUGUCCAGGUAUCCCCUGGUGACAGGAUGCUCUUUAAAUAAUAAAGAUGGUUUUGAUUAA